GGCACUGUGACGUUAGUAGAGGCCAGGGAUUGCACCUUCUCCAGGUCCGCCCGGCUGUCCUGCGGGCUGGGCCCCGUCAACAGCACCUGCGCCCCAGCGUGUGAGCUGAGCCGAUCAUGCAGCAGCCGCAGGCGGAUCUCCAUGUCACUGCAGUAGCAAGCCAAAGGACACAGGACAGGCACAGCUGCUGGAUCUGGCGGCGAUCGGUUAGGUUAGAUCGUUUGGUUGCGUACACACCGAUGGAGGAUCCGCGCCUGCACGAAGUUGUUUUGCCGUUCUGCUUCGUAUUUUCUCCUCUGCAGGUGGUCAACCUCCCUGAGCGCCUCCAGACACCCCCUGAAGUAUGCCUCGUGGGCCGCAAGCCGCCGCCUGGCGCUGUAGAGCUCCUUCUGGAUCUGCUCUGUGGACGCCUCGUCACCUGAGCAGUGGUGGCAGGCAGGCAGGCAGACAACAAACAAGCGGUGGCUGGUUCUGCCUGCGGUCGAUGUGCUGUGUGGCGCUGACUGACCCCAUUCCAUAGCAGCUCUGAAGGACUCCUCAAGUUUGGUGACUUGUCUGUGGUAGUGGGUGCCCUGCAGCUGGGCCAGGGCGGCGCGGAGGAUGGAGCUGCGCUUCGCCUCCUGCACACGUGAUCCAUCCAUCCAUCCAUCAGAUCUGCUGACUGCCACCUCCUUCCCUUCUCACUUACCAUGAGUAUCUCUUGCAUGACGAUGAGCUUGUAGUAACCUGCACACCUCACACACCACACCACACCACACCGGCACACAAACGUCCGGCCAUGGCCAUGGCCAUGCACCGCUGCUCCUCUCUCCCUCUAAUCGGCUUGUCCUGUCCCUCCAUUGUGUGCCUCUUUUGGCUGGCUGACUGACCCACCUUUGACACUCUUGAGGUUGUAUCUCCUCUUGAGCCACCUGGGCCGCUUCAGCAGGCUUUGCUCAAGCGAAACAUCUCCCCUGAUCUGCACCCUCUCCGUCUCCCUGCCGUCAGCCGUGGCCGCACCGCCUUCGGCUGAUGCCGCCACUCGGACGCCCGGGCCAGCCGCUGGCUGCCUUGGUGGUGGUUUGCGCUGCUGGACAGGCACAUGGAUGAACGAGACGGGAAGCGCCAAUGCUUCUCGAAGGGUCUGAAUGAAUAUGCACCCACCCACCCACCCACACACACACACACACACACAGAAAGUGCAAAGGUGGCAGAUGCGCGGAGUGCAUGACAAUGAUGCUGUUGCCUUGGCUCUUUCGUCUGCUUCUUACCGCCCAUAAGAUCCAGAGGAAGUGGCAGAUGAUGUUUGUUCGCCUUGAUCUCAUCGCAGGGCGACCAGGCGGCGUAGAUCAAUGUCCAAAAGACAGAAGCCGCC